UUAUAGGAAGAACAAAGAUACGUAACUCGGAGUUCCGACCACACACUUUCCUCGCUCCGCCGGUUGAUGGCGAGAGCCUCCGCCGGUGUCGGAGUUCUCGUCUCUCCGGCCCUCGUCCGCCGGGAAUAUCACUCCUUUUCUACACUUGCCUCCUCCUCGAAGCGUUUCCGUUGUUCUACUCUCCGCGUCGCGAAAAACACCGGGGAGACGAUGUCUGGCUCUUUAGGCAAGAGUCAUCCUUCUCUAGAAAUUAUUGGUGGAGGCUUGGAAGCGUUCUUACCGGCAUUCAGAAGCCAGCUGCUGCGGUACGAACCUUAUCCCCUGAUUGGUGCUAAUUGCCAUGUGGAGACGAUUUUUGCGGCGUUCUUUCGGUCGCUUCCUGACGUUAGACUCCGGCGUGAGUGUCUUCGCACUAGCGAUGGCGGAGCUGUAGCUCUGGACUGGGUGUCUGGGGAUGAUCGGAGUUUGCCUCCCGAUUCCCCAGUCCUCAUUUUGCUGCCAGGUCUUACAGGCGGUAGCCAGGAUACGUAUGUGAGGCAUUUGCUACAGCGAGCAAGGAGUAAAGGCUGGCGAGUCGUGGUGUUCAAUAGCAGAGGUUGUGGAGACAGCCCUGUCACUACAGCUCAGUUCUAUUCAGCCUCAUUUCUUGGAGAUAUGACUGAGGUAGUGGAGCAUGUUGGCAGCCGCUAUCCCCAAGCCAAUUUGUAUGCAGUUGGAUGGUCACUUGGAGCUAAUAUUCUUGUUCGAUACGUGGGUCAGGAGUCUUUCUCUUGUCCUCUUGCUGGUGCUGUAUCUUUAUGCAAUCCUUUUAAUUUGAUCAUUGCAGACGAAGAUUUUCGUAAGGGUUUUAACAUUGUUUAUGACAAAGCUCUAGCAAAUUCACUCUGCAAAAUUUUCAAGAGGCAUGCCCUUCUGUUUGAGGACAUCGGAGGUGAAUAUAAUAUCCCAAUGGCUGCAAAUGCUAAGUCAGUUAGAGAAUUUGACGAGGGACUAACUCGAGUUUCAUUUGGAUUUAAGUCUGUUGACGACUACUAUGCAAACUCAAGCAGUUCGCUUUGCAUCAAGAAUGUCUCGAUACCUCUGCUAUGCAUCCAGGCUGAGAAUGAUCCAAUUGCACCUUCUCGUGGAAUUCCCCGUGAAGACAUUCAGAAAAAUCCAAACUGUAUCCUGAUGGUCACACCCAAAGGAGGGCAUUUGGGGUGGGUAGCAGGCGGCGAAGCUCCUCGUGGGGCUCCAUGGACGGACCCUGUAGUCAUGAAUUUCUUGGAACACUUGGAGAAAACUCGGGUGCCAAAUGCAGCACCGGAAGAUGUCGAAAGCAGCGUCGGUCUUCACCUUCAGGUAUAGAAUGGCUAAACCUUAACAGGCAUUGAAUAUUGAACCAGAAGAAGCUAUAUGCGCAUAUAUAAGCCAUUGUUUCACCAUGUUUGUUUGUUUAUUUGAUGGAUAGUUGUGAAUAGGCUGAAACUGUGGAUAAAGAUGGAUUAAUUCAUGGGGACAAAUGGACAAAUGUUGUUAUUAUCAUGUGUGUUUUUGGAUUUAUAUAUUCUUGAAAUCUUUUUAUU